GGCGGGGCUUGUGGCGGCUUUUAUAUUUAUUUCUGAAUUUUUCUUGGGAUAAAUGACGACAGACAGUUCUGGGCUCGAAUUUGUCGAUGAGCUGAAGAGGUCGGACUACUUUGUCUGCUGAAAGAAUUGGUUCACCGCUGAUGGUCUUUGUUAUUACCUGAUCAAUCGACGCGCAAGACCCUCAAAGAAGACAGCACGACGGUUUCUUUUGCUCUUCAAUCCAUGGAUGCACCCGCAAACAACGAGAACGCUUUCAAGCCGCUGUACAAGUUCUACAAGCACCUGCCAUAUGAGGCCUUUGACGAGUACGCCUUCCGGCCGAGCUCGGCGCCCGAGACUGCGAACUUGAUCGACCCGCUCUUUCUGGAUGAGUAUGAAGAGCUGCAUCCGGGUGACGUGACUGUGUCGAGUUUCCUGUACACGCAAGAGACUGUCGAUGCCCUGGGAGCGUUUAUUUACGAUUCAAAGUCCCAAGUUGGCGUUGGAAGCGUGAGUAGCUACCUAGACUCCACGUAUUCAGAGAUCAGAGUUGCAUCUGUUCCUGGGUUGAGGAUAUAUCCCGGUAUUCUCCUGCCAGAUCUUCAGCGACAGCUGAUUGUCAACGUGAUUGAAGAAUACCUGCCACCGAAAGAUCACCUCACGAACCUACAUCCGUCAUACACAAUUCCCGAGCCUUUCAAUCUCUUUGGCUACCCUUCAGAUCUCAAGAUCAUGCCCUCUCAGACUUCUUCUACUCCUGCCCAGACUCCGACAACACUAGACGCGCUCCAGUCGCGAAAGCUCCGCUGGGUCACCCUCGGAGGCCAGUACAACUGGACCACGAAACAAUACCCGUCAUGGGAGCCCCAUACUAAAGGGUUCCCAGACUUCCCGCACUCACUCACAACCUUGCUCCGAGGCCUCUCAUCUUCAAUUUUCAAGUCGUCACUAGUCCCAGAAGCCAGCAUCAUCAACUUCUACUCCGACGGCGACAUCCUCUCUCCACACCAAGACGUCGCCGAGAAAUCACACGCCGACCUCGCGUCUCUCAGCAUAGGCUGCGAAGCCGUCUUCUUCUGCGGCCUCGACAAAUCCAAGCCGCCACUCCAGAUCCGCGUGCGCAGCGGCGACAUCAUCCUCAUGGGCGGCGAAUCGCGCUUCGCCUAUCACGGCGUCGGAAGAGUUUGGGACCGCACCGCGCCGGACUAUCUCACGGAAUUCGACUAUACAAACAACAUUCUACCUUCUAAUCCAAAGACCUGUGCUGCGCCUGAAGUGUGUCGGGGAAGGGAAAACUAUAGCGAGUGGAUUUUGUCCAAGAGGAUUAAUUUAAACAUCCGGCAGAUGCUGGACUAAAGUACUUGACAUUUGUCAGCUUUGUUUUCUUGUCGCUAUUACAGUGGUUGGCAUUCGUUUAUGGGUAUAGGAUAUGAUUAAGCUAUGAUUUGUACGUUUGGCAUUUAGGACAAUAGAUUUUAGAUUAAGACUCUUU